GACCUAAUACGAAGAAGUAAAAUGUACGGAUUAUUUUUUUAAAAAAUCCAAGACAAGACGGUGGUUUAUGAGUAUAUGAAUGAAUGGCUUUAAAGCCUUGCUUCCAAACAAUUUUUCGCUCAUGGCACAACACGCUGGAUGCCCAGGCUUCAGGUUCUCUCCCGUGUUCUUGAGUGGUUUCUAAUUUGGUUGAACCCCUGGCGUUCGUAUGACCGCAUGCGGUGCGGGGUCGUUGAGUUCGGCGUUGCGAAUCUUCGUCAUAAUUCCGCCCCACCGCGUAACAGCGAGCAAACCCUCGGAACCCGAGCACGCAAAGGAAGCUUUAUCAGGAGCUCUUCUCAGAGGUUCCCACUUGUUCUCUCACACAUCUCGCCCGCCUUCUCGACGACUUCUCGGAAACACAACCGUCUAAAACUAAAUACCAACUCGCACACUACCGUCACAAUGGUCAAGGCUGUCGCUGUCGUCCGGGGUGACUCCAAGGUCACCGGCACCGUCGUCUUCGAGCAGGAGUCCGAGUCCGCCCCUACCAAGAUUACCUGGGACAUCAGCGGCCAUGAUCCCAACGCCAAGCGUGGCUUCCACAUCCACACCUUCGGUGACAACACCAACGGGUGCACCUCGGCCGGCCCGCACUUCAACCCCCACGGCAAGAACCACGGCGCCCCGACCGACGAGAACCGCCACGUCGGUGACCUCGGCAACAUUGAGACUGAUGCCCAAGGCAACUCCAAGGGCUCUGUGACGGACAGUCUCAUCAAGCUGAUCGGCCCCGAGAGCGUCAUCGGCCGCACCGUCGUUGUCCACGCCGGCACCGAUGAUCUCGGCAAGGGCGGCAACGAGGAGUCGCUCAAGACCGGCAACGCCGGCCCGCGCCCUGCGUGCGGCGUCAUCGGCAUCUCGCAGUAAACAAGUCGAGAUUAGUUCCAACCCAAGAGUGAGAGGAGGAACCGCAACCGUUAGGGGGGAAUCAACUCGA